AUGAAAUUAAAUAUCUCAGGAACAUCUAUCAACACCAAAUCCUCACUCAACACCAAGUUAGAAUAGAAUGCUAAGAAUCUAAAACAGAAUGAGGACAAUCUCUUUUUUGAUCUAACAGAAUUCUAAAUCUCUGACUCAAAUACACCCCUAAGCAUUUAACUGAAAGAAUCCAACUCAACUAAUUCAUAACUAACCAAACAUUUCUUCCCUUCCAAACCAGUUUUAUCAGAAAAUAAACUACCUCCCUUGAACUCUAGAUACCAUCUAGUACCAGAAAUAUCAAGAGAGUAGAUUAUAAAAAAGAAACUAUUUAAAGAAAACUACUCUGUCCUCUCUUUCCCCUCCGCGUAAUCCCUGUUUUCAUCUAAAAGUCAAUCAAUCGAUUAUUAGAAGUUAGGAUAGCAAAUUGUUAAUACUCCCAACUCUCAAGACUAUUAUAAAUUUUACAAGCAUUCUAAUAAAUGUCUAGAUGCUCAAUCCUACAAUGAAACUCCCAAUAAUAUAUACGUAAAUUUAAAUAAGGCUAUGCAAGACCAACAGUGCAUGCCUAGAAAGAUGCAAAUUAUUGAUAAUCUAAAUAAAAAAGAAAUUAGUGUUGCUGGCUAAUUGAGUAGUCAUCAAUAUAUUAAGUUAUUUGCAGCAGGAUUAGGAUCCUCAACAUUCCACUAAUUAGAAAGACUCAAUGUCAGUUCUAAUAAUCUUGAUAAUGAAGAUUUGGAGAUCAUUUUAGAUUAAUUACCAAAAUCAGUUCAAUCAGUGGAUUUAAAGAAUAAUAAGAUAUCUAAAAAUGGUUGCUUAUUUCUUUAGAAGCUGUUAAUGAGAUAACACUAAUUUGUCAUUGAACUUAACUUGGAGAACAAUCUAAUUGGAGACUAAGGUUUAAAGUACUUAAUUGAUUCUUUGUAAAAUAACAAAUGUCUGAGAAUUCUUAAUCUGUCUCAAAAUCAAAUUUAAGAUUAGGUGAUGGAGCCAUUUGGGAGAAUGAUGAAAAAGAAUAAUAUCAUAUAGGAAUUAUAUCUACAUUACAAUAAAAUAACAUUCAAAGGAGGCAUCUUCUUCUUUAAAGGAUUGUGCAAGAAUUCUGUGUUAAAGGUCCUGGAUAUUUCAUUCAAUAAGUUGGGAGGGAAUAAGGAUUGCACUAAUGAAAUCUGUAAUUUUAUUGCAAGACCUCAUCCUGAAUUGAUUCAUUUAGAUUUGUCACAUAAUGAUUUCAAAGACAGUGAUUCCUAAAAGAUUGCAAAUGAAUUAGAGUUCAAUAAAAUAAUUUAUGGAUUUCAUUUUGAAGGCAAUUCAAAUUAUUAAAUAAACCAUUAAGGGUAUCUAAGAGAACAGAAAAACAAAAAAUUAGUUACAGAAUCAUAAUACGAUGACAUUAAUAUUGAGGAAUUAGAUAAGAAACACCUCGAAUUGCAGAUGUAAUAGAUGGAAUAGUAAACUCAAAAAAAAAAGAAUGAAUUCAUUAGAAUUUAGAGUGUAGAUAUAGUUAAUUUGUAAUUGGAGAGCUGCUGGAUUUGUUAAGGUUGGCUCGAAGUCAUGUUCCAAUGGAAACCACAUAAAUCAGGAUUCUUAGACGAAGAUCCGAUAUUCAUCCAUCUUGAGUUUGAGGAUUAUUAGCCAUCAAAUAUGCAAAAAACAAAUGAUGGAUACUUCACUCUCUAUAGAAUGUGUCCUCCUAAUCAAACUAUUAGAUACUUCUUUAGCAACCCAGUUCAAAAUGUUUAAGUUUACGCCAAGGAUCAAAGGACUAUCUAAACUUAGACUCAUUCUCAAUUGAGGAAUUUUGGAGUACAGAUGGAAUAUUCUAAUGGCAAAGUGUUAUAAAGUCAACCUCUGCAUACAGUUAAUAUGAUGUAAACCUCAUAGUCUACUCCUAUUUUUGAUAAAAAGAAACAUUAUCUAGCAAACAUUCAGUGUAAACCUAGAGUACCUGAAAAGAUUGUGGAAUUCGAUGUUGAAUUAGCUAAAAAAAGAAAAUGGACUCUAGAUAACUCAAUAUUCAAAGAUUUCGAUGAAGAUACAGAAGCACAUUUAGAAUAAUGUUUGGAGGCAGAUCUAGAGAACAGUAAAGUAUUAAAGCAUCUAAUAAAUACCAAUGAGGUUAAUUCUCUCAAAGAUUAAUUGAAGAAGUAUUAUAAAUACAUCAUCUCUUGCUAUAAAUAUUUAGCCUCGUAGUAAUGCGAAUAGGACUUUCCACGAAUAAAUAUUUAAACAAUAUAAGGGUUUUACUCUCAAUCUAAAAAUAAUCAAUUGAUUAAAUAAGUUGACUGGGAAAUAUGUCUAAUUAGCACUAUAGUUAUUAAAGAAUUGAAAUCCUAAUAUAUCCAAGAAAGGGCAUUAGUUAGACAUCAAUUUUUAGAGUUAUUGAUAAGAUUAGCGAAGGAAACAUAUGCUAAACAAGGAAAUUGUUCAAGCAUAUCUUAGGGGUUUGAUAAAAUGAUGCAAGCUUAGAAUGGCCAAUUUGGUUUCAUCUUAGAUUAUGGGUAUGCAUAAUAAUGGAGAGAUGAGAGAUAUUGGACAUAAAUUAUGGAUAUGACCAUUCGAUUCAAAUUACCAUUUCUAAAAAUAAUUAUUUUCUUAUACUUCAAAAUUUCUCGAAUAAACCACAUGCUAAGGAAAAAUUUGUUUCUUUUUAAGAUUUUAGGAUGUUACUCCAAAAUUCAGAUUCAACUCUAUUUUAUCUAUUUGCAAUCCAUCAUGAUGCAAGUAGAUGAAAUUACUCAAAAGAGACACUUUGAAAUGCAAUUCAUUGAAUUUAUAGAAGCUUUAGCAAGAGUUGCAGAGUCUAUAUCACCAAAUUCAAAUAAUUAUUAGAUUAAAUAGUUAAAUGCAAAAUAGAGAAGAACUCUGCCAUUGUAUAUCAAAUUUGAAGGUCUAUUGUAUGUUAUGUUCUAUAGGAUUAAAAGAUUCGAUGUGGACAUCAACGUAAUAGAAAAGAGUGUUAUAAAGAGUCAUGAGAUAAAACGAUUAGGAAUAUUUAUUGAGGAUAAUUACAGUAGUAGUAGCAGUGGAGAAGAAGAUAAUGAAGUCUCGAAUUUAAGAUUAUCUUAUACGGAUCCACAAAACAUUAUCAAUAGGAUGCUUUUUGAUGAUGAAUGUAAGGUGAGUUUGAAGGAUACUAUGAGCAACUAAAGUAGUGGGAAGAAAAGGUAGAAUUCACUCCAAAGACAAGACUCUAUUACUUUGAAGCGAAGUUUAUUAAGAAGAAAUACAAUUUAAAAUUAAUUGCAACAAAUUAAGAUUGCAGAAAUAGAAAAUGAAAUGGCUGAAAUAGCUGAAUAUGAAGAAAGUACUCCUUUGAAUAAGUUAAGAAUUCAAAAUCGUAAGAUUACAAGGUCGAAAUAUGACAUUGUUCUUUGA